AUCCACGCCGUCGGCAUCCCGCAGCCGAAAAUCAACUGGUUCCUCAACGGCAAUAUCUUGAAGUCGGACGACCUGAUCACGAUCACGUCCGAAGACGGGGAUUCGUGUUUGAAGGUCCAAAAUCUGGACGUCCACUGGAAUGGCGUAUUGGCUUGUGAGGCAUCCAAUUCUGCCGGCUCGGCCAUCACCCAAUGCGAGAUUGACAUUAUUGAAGAGGCCAAAGACAUCAUCAUCGAGCUGACGCACGUCGAGUCGCAGGCCGACGUCGUCGAGGUGGUCGGCGUGGCAGAGGGCGGAGAUACGGAACGCCUAACCGGGCAGCUACGCAGAAGCCACUCGAUCGAGUCGCUCGACGUCUCCGAGGCGAGCUCUGCCUCAAUGGCCGGUCAGCCGCCCCAGUUCAUCACCAAGCUCCCGGCCGAACUGUUUACAACGGUUGCCGAAGGUAUCCAACUGCGCUGCUCCUUCACCGGCCAGCCCUUGCCAGUGGUCACCUGGGAGAAAAAUGGCCAUUUGCUGGAUCUGAAGAGAUACCAAGUGGUCUCCGAGGAUGGCAUCACCAUGGCCAGAAUACGCUCAACACUACCCUCCGAUACGGCGACGUACACCUGUACAGCCGCCAACGCUUUUGGGGCCGUCUCCACGCAGUGCAAGCUUACUGUGGAAGGAGCCGACCUCCAAACGAAAGCCGUCCAAAUCCGCGUCAUCUGCGACAAGGAGCGCAACGACACGGAAAUUGAGGUGAAAUUCAAACAGAAGGAUGAAUUGGACCGCCUCGUGCGCGAUGAGCCCUUCCGCCUGAAGACGAUCAUCCUGGCCGAACCGCUAGCCAGCGUCGACUGGUUCGUCGAUGGUCGACUGAUCCACGAGGAUGGAAACUACAAACUACAAGGCGAAGACGGCGUGGCCCUCCUCGAAGUCCAGCGCCUCGAGGGGAAGAGCCAAAAAUUCUCGUGUGUCGCGAAGAACACGAAGGGCCAGACCCAAUGCUCGUGCAUUGUGUCGAGACAUGCCGAAACGAAGGAAGAAGCACGUGAGGAGACGAGCAAGAGCUCUACCGGGGAUGAGGUUCAUCUACAGGUGAACGUGCUGAAAGACGACGACAGCGAGCACUUUACCGUCGACGUCAAGGAGGAGGACGACACCAGAUAUGUUGUCCUUUACCAGGAGGGCGCCGAGCGCAAGCACAAGGAGCUCGAGUCGACUUUGCCGCUUCCCGAAGUGCAAGCCGACCUUGUCGCCGAGGAGGAGAGGCCGGCUGAACUUGCUGAAGUCGUUGAAGCUGAUAAAGCACCUUCAGAAGCUGAAGAAACGAAGCCGGGUGAGCUUGUUGAAGUCGUUGAAGCAGCUAAAGAAGCUUCGGAAGCUCAAGAGCUGCAGCCAACUGAACUCGCUGAAGUCGCCGAAGUCGCUCAGGCCGAGAAACCAGCUGAACUAGCUGAAGUCGCUGCUGCAGAACAUCCGACUGAACACGCCGAACUCGUUCCAGAAGCCCAAGUCGACUUACUCUUCCAAAAACCCGCCCCCACGAUCGACAUCGGCAUCAUCGAGCUGGGCUUCGAGCAGGUCGAGUCACGCACUCGACUCCAGAAGCCCACCAAGCCGGCCGAACUCGCCGAAGACGUUGCUUCUCCCCCCGUGGAGAAGCCGAUGGCCGAGAUCGAGGCCCAAGCCCUGGCCGAGGCGGCCAAGGAGGAGACCAUGGCCCUGAAGGCGGUCAGGACGGAGAGCUUCGAAGCCAAGCAGCUCGAGAAGCAAGCCGAUGAAGCCCAAGCCCAUGUUGAGCUUGUUUUCCAGAAACAAGCGGAAGCCAGCGGCAUUGAGAUUGGUGUCGUGGAGUAUGGGUUGGAGAAGGUGGAAGGAAUGGUGAAGAGAGCGAAAGCUCCAAAGGGUCUGGAAGGUGAACAACCCCAACAAGUUCAAGUAGUUCAGAAGGUCGUUGAAACUGAACCGAAGUUGGAAACGCCGGAAGAGAAGCGGCCUGAAGUCCAACAAGUUCAGCAAGUGCAGGAGCUGCCCAAAGCUGUUGAAGCUGAACCAGUCCAACAAGUUCAGGAAGUUCCCCAAGUCCCGGAAGUUAAGCCGGAAGCGCAGCCUGAGCCGAAGCCGGAGAAGCCAGCGGAACAGCCGGAGGUAGUUGAACAAUCCACUGAGGCUCCGCAGCCUGAAGCUCAACCAUUGCAGGCCAAGCCGGUCGAAGCGCCCGAAGUCACUGAAGCUCAAGUACAAGAAGCUGAAGCGACCAUCGACUUGAUCUUCACCAAGCAAGUCCAAAAGAAGUCAGCGCCUGAAAGUUCCGGCCACGCAGAGGAGAAGGCCAAGCAAGAGGCCGAAGCCAAGGCUAAGCAAGAAGCCGAAGCCAAGGCAAAGGUUGAUGCUGAAGAGGCCAAGAAGAAGGAGGCCGACUCCAAGAUCUCCAAGAAGGAGGAGAAGGCCAAGCAAGAAGCCGAAGCCAAGGCCAAGCAGGAAGCCGAAGCCAAGGCAAAGGCUGAUGCUGAAGAGGCCAAGAAGAAGGAGGCCGACUCCAAGAUCUCCAAGAAGGAGGAGAAGGCCAAGCAAGAGGCCGAAGCCAAGGCCAAGCAAGAAGCCGAAGCCAAGGCUAAGCAAGAAGCCGAAGCCAAGGCAAAGGUUGAUGCUGAGGAGGCCAAGAAGAAGGAGGUCGACUCCAAGACCGCCAAGAAGGAGGAGAAGGCGAAGAAGGAGGCCGAGGAGAAGGCCAAGCUAGAAGCCGAAGCCAAGGCAAAGGCUGAUGCUGAAGAGGCCAAGAAGAAGGAGGCCGACUCCAAGAUCUCCAAGAAGGAGGAGAAGGCCAAGCAAGAAGCCGAAGCCAAGGCAAAGGCUGAUGCUGAUGAGGCCAAGAAGAAGGAGGUCGACUCCAAGACCGCCAAGAAGGAGGAGAAGGCCAAGCAAGAAGCCGAAGCCAAGGCCAAGCAAGAAGCCGAAGCCAAGGCUAAGCAGGAAGCCGAAGCCAAGGCUAAGGCUGAUGCUGAAGAGGCCAAGAAGAAGGAGGCCGACUCCAACACCACCAAGAAGGAGGAGAAGGCCAAGCAAGAAGCCGAAGCCAAGGCCAAGCAAGAAUCCGAAGCCAAGGCUAAGCAAGAAGCCGAAGCCAAGGCAAAGGCUGAUGCUGAAGAGGCCAAGAAGAAGGAGGCCGACUCCAAGACCGCCAAGAAGGAGGAGAAGGCCAAGCAAGAAGCCGAAGCCAAGGCCAAGCAAGAAGCCGAAGCCAAGGCUAAGCAGGAAGCCGAAGCCAAGGCUAAGGCUGAUGCUGAAGAGGCCAAGAAGAAGGAGGCCGACUCCAACACCACCAAGAAGGAGGAGAAGGCCAAGCAAGAAGCCGAAGCCAAGGCCAAGCAAGAAGCCGAAGCCGGGCAAGAAGCCGAGGCCAAGGCUAAGGCUGAUGCUGAAGAGGCCAAGAAGAAGGAGGUCGACUCCAAGACCGCCAAGAAGGAGGAGAAGGCCAAGCAAGAAGCCGAAGCCAAGGCCAAGCAAGAAGCCGAAGCCAAGGCUAAGCAAGAAGCCGAGGCCAAGGCUAAGGCUGAUGCUGAUGAGGCCAAGAAGAAGGAUGUCGACUCCAAGAGCGCCAAGAAGGAGGAUAAGGCCCAGAAGGAGGCCGAGGAUAAGGCCAAGAAGGCCGCCCAAGAGCUCAAAGGAGCUCAAAGUGGCGAGCAAGAGGGCGAGAGCAUCGAGGGUAAGACAAAGCUCGGCAAGAAGUCGCGUGCCGAGGGAGCUGAAUUCGAGCAAGACGAGGCAAAGCCGAAGGAAAAGUCGGUCGUUGCUAAUGUUGAAGCUCAACUCCGCGCCAAGGAACCUCACGCAGGUCUGGACAUUGACCUGAUGAUCGAAACCAUAGAAGAAGUGAACCUCAACCUGAAGUUGGAGGCGACGAAAAAGAAACAAGUAAAGGAACCGGCCGAAGCGAAGCCCGAAGAACAAAAGGAGGUAGAACCCAAACCUACAAAGAAGGACAAGAAGGCCAAAAAGGAGGCGGAAGCCAAGGCCAAGCAAGAAGCCGAAGCCAAGGCAAAGGCUGAUGCUGACGAGGCCAAGAAGAAGGAGGCCGACUCCAAGACCGCCAAGAAGGAGGAGAAGGCCAAGCAAGAAGCCGAAGCCAAGGCCAAGCAAGAAGCCGAAGCCAAGGCUAAGGCUGAUGCUGAAGAGGCCAAGAAGAAGGAGGCCGACUCCAAGACCGCCAAGAAAGAGGAGAAGGCCAAGCAAGAAGCCGAAGGCAAGGCUAAGCAAGAGGCCGAAGCCAAGGCAAAGGCUGAUGCUGAAGAGGCCAAGAACAAGGAGGCCGACUCCAAGACCGCCAAGAAGGAGGAGAAGGCCAAGCAAGAAGCCGAAGCCAAGGCCAAGCAAGAAGCCGAAGCCAAGGCUAAGCAAGAAGCCGAAGCCAAGGCAAAGGCUGAUGCUGAAGAGGCCAAGAAGAAGGAGGUCGACUCCAAGACCGCCAAGAAGGAGGAGAAGGCCAAGCAAGAAGCCGAAGCCAAGGCCAAGCUAGAAGCCGAAGCCAAGGCAAAGGAUGAUGCUCAAGAGGCCAAGAAGAAGGAGGUCGAAUCCAAGACCGCCAAGAAGGAGGAGAAGGCCAAGCAAGAAGCCGAAGCCAAGGCUAAACUAGAAGCCGAAGCCAAGGCAAAGGAUGAUGCUCAAGAGGCCAAGAAGAAGGAGGUCGACUCCAAGACCGCCAAGAAGGAGGAGAAGGCCAAGCAAGAAGCCGAAGCCAAGGCCAAGCAAGAAGCCGAAGCCAAGGCUAAGCGAAGGCCAAGGAAGAGGCCAAAGCAGGAAGGCCAAAGCCGAAGCCAAGCAAGCAAGAUGCUGAAGCUGAAGGCCAAAAGGAAGAAGGAGAAGGAGGAGAAGGCCAAGCAAGAAGCCGAGGCCAAGCAAGAAGCCGAAGCCAAGGCAAAGGCUGAUGCUGAAGAGGCCAAGAAGAAGGAGGUCGACUCCAAGACCGCCAAGAAGGAGGAGAAGGCCAAGCAAGAAGCCGAAGCCAAGGCCAAGCAAGAAGCCGAAGCCAAGGCAAAGGCGAUGCUGAAGAGGCCAAGAAAAGAGGUGACCCAAGACCGGCCAAAGGAGGAGAAGGCCAAGCAAGAAGCCGAAGCCAAGGCCAAGCAAGAAGCCGAAGCCAAGGCAAAGGCUGAUGCUGAAGAGGCCAAGAAGAAGGAGGCCGACUCCAAGACCGCCAAGAAGGAGGAGAAGGCCAAGCAAGAAGCCGAAGCCAAGGCCAAGCAAGAAGCCGAAGCCAAGGCCAAGCAAGAAGCCGAAGCCAAGGCAAAGGCUGAUGCUGAAGAGGCCAAGAAGAAGGAGGUCGACUCCAAGACCGCCAAGAAGGAGGAGAAGGCCAAGCAAGAAGCCGAAGCCAAGGCCAAGCAAGAGGCCGAAGCCAAGGCCAAGCAAGAAGCCGAAGCCAAGGCAAAGGCUGAUGCUGAAGAGGCCAAGAAGAAGGAGGCCGACUCCAAGACCGCCAAGAAGGAGGAGAAGGCCAAAGCCGAAGCCAAGGCAAGAAGCCGAAGCCAAGGCAAAGGC